GGGUGUUCCCGGAGCCGCAGCAGGACCCGGUGAUCGCCAUCGCGGCCGUGGCGCUCCGCCAGGGGGCGCGCGAGCCCUUCCUGCGCGCGGUGUUCACGCUGCUCCCGUGCGCCCCCUUGCGGGGCGCGGCCGUGCGGAGCUUCGACACCGAGCGGGACCUGCUGCAGUCCUGGGCCGAGUUCGUGCGGAUCGUGGACCCCGACGUGAUCACGGGGUACAACAUCCACAACUUCGACCUGCCCUACCUCAUUGAGAGGGCCAAGGUGCUGCAGGUGGAGUCGUUCCCGUACCUGGGCCGGGUCCGGGUCCCCUCGGGGGUCCGCGACGCCGCCUUCCAGUCCCGCCAGCUCGGCCGGAGAGAGGGCAAGGUGGUCACCACCCCGGGCAGGGUCACCCUGGACAUGCUGCAGGUGCUGCUGAGGGAGCACAAGCUCCGCUCCUACUCCCUCAACGCCGUCAGCGCCCACUUCCUGCACGAGCAGAAGGAGGACGUUCCCCACGGCAUCAUCACCGACCUGCAGAACGGUGACCCUCAAACCAGACGUCGUCUCGCCCUGUACUGCCUGAAGGACGCGGUGCUGCCGCUGCGGCUCCUGGAGCACCUGAUGGUGCUGGUGACGCAGGUGGAGAUGGCCCGGGUGACAGGGGUGCCCCUGAGCUACCUGCUGACCCGGGGACAGCAGGUCAAGGUGGUGUCACAGCUCCUCAGACAGGCCAUGCAGGAGGAUUUGCUGCUGCCAGUGGUGAAACCUGAGGGGGGGGAGGACUUCGAGGGGGCCACGGUCAUCGAGCCCCUCAAGGGGUACUACGACGUCCCCAUCGCCACCCUGGACUUCUCGUCCCUGUACCCGUCGAUCAUGAUCGCCCACAACCUGUGCUGCACCACCCUACUCCCCCCUGGGGGGACACAGAGAUAUGGGUACAGCCCCUCCGAGUUCAUCCGGACCCCACGGGGCAGUCUCUUCGUGACCCCGACUGCGCAGGGGGUCCUGCCCCGCGUGCUGCAGGGGCUGCUGGCGGCCAGGAGCAGGGUGAAGGCGGCCCUGGCGCAGGAGCAGGACCCGGCGCGCCGGCAGGUGCUGGACGGGCGGCAGCUGGCACUGAAGGUCAGCGCCAACUCCGUGUACGGCUUCACCGGGGCACAGGCGGGGAGGCUGCCCUGCCUCGAGGUAUCACAGAGCGUGACAGGGUUCGGGCGCCAGAUGAUCGAGAGGACGAAGCAGCUCGUGGAGGAGAAGUACGGGGGGCAGGGGGGGCACCCUGCCCAGGUAAAGGUGGUGUACGGGGACACGGACUCCGUGAUGUGCCGCCUGGGGGUGCCGUCGGUGGCCGAGGCCGCGGAUUUGGGGCGCGAGGUGGCCUCGUGGGUGUCGGGGCAUUUCCCGCCCCCCAUCCGGCUCGAGUUCGAGAAGGUGUACUGGCCGUACCUGCUGAUCAGCAAGAAGCGCUACGCCGGCCUCUGCUUCUCGGGGGGCCCGGGGACCCCCCCAAAACUCGACUGCAAGGGGCUGGAGGCCGUCAGGAGGGACAACUGUCCCCUGGCUGCCAACCUGGUCACCGCCUGCCUCCGCAGGAUCCUCCUGCACAGGGACCCCGAGGGGGCCGUGGCCCACGCUCAGGACGUGAUCUCGGACCUGCUGUGCAACCGCAUCGACAUCUCCCAGCUCGUCAUCACCAAGGAGCUCACCCGGGCGGCCUCGGCCUACGCGGCCCCACAGGCCCAUGUCAGGCUGGCUGAGAGGCUGAAGCAGCGGGACCCGGGCAGUGCCCCCGUGCUGGGCGAUCGCGUCCCCUACGUCAUCGUCAGCGGGGCCCGGGGGGAGGCCGCCUACACCCGGUCUGAGGACCCGGUGUAGCUGGAGCAGAACCUGCCCAUCGACACCCGCUAUUACCUGGAGCAGCAGCUCGCCAAGCCCCUCCUCAGGAUCUUCGAGCCCAUCCUGGGCGAGGGGAAGGCCCAGGGGGUCCUGCUGAGGGGGGAGCACACGCGGUGCAAGACGGUGCUGACGGCGAAGGUCGGGGGGCUCUCGGCAUUCGCCACCAAACGCAGCAGCUGCGUGGGCUGCAGGGCUGUGCUGUCACACCAUGGUGCCGUCUGCGAUUUCUGCCGCGAGCGAGAGUCGGAGCUCUACCAGAAAGAGGUGUCUCAGCUGUGGGGGCUCGAGCGCAGCUUCUCCCGCCUCUGGACGCAGUGCCAGCGGUGCCAGGGGUCCCUGCUGCAGGACGUGCUGUGCACCAGCCGGGACUGCCCCAUCUUCUACAUGCGCCGGAAGGUUCAGAAGGACCUGCAGGCCCAGCAGGAGCUGCUCGGGCGCUUCAGGGACCCCGAGUGGUGACCCCAAAACCUUCAGGGACCCCCCAAAAAAAAUAAUUGGGGGGGGACCCCCCAAAAUAGGGGGGUUUUGUUGUUUGGGGUUUUUUUUCUAUGGAGAGUUUAAUAAAAAGCAGAUUUUUGGUGA